AUGGAGCUACCAAGAGGAAACGAGUAUCCAAAGCCUGCGAUCGAUGUCGUAGCAAGAAAUGUCGUUGCAAUGGAGUCCGUCCGGCGUGCCUGGCAUGUCAAGGAUCAAACCACACCUGCUCAUACGACCCCAUCGCAAAGAAAAGAGGGCUUCCGGAAGGUUAUUAUGUUCGCGGAUUGGAAAAGCUUUGGGCUUUCGUCCAUAUCCAAUAUUGAAGGACCAGAGGGCCGCAAGAAAUUGAUUCCACGAGGAGGAAAAAGCUUUUAUCCCUGUGGUGCAAUGAGGGGGGCAUCAGAAAGACUACACGAAACCUGGAAGUCAAGCGAGCUCUAUGCGGACGUUGAAGAAUUGUUAUCCAACCCUGGAUCAACUACUAUGGGGCCAUUGUGUAUCGGACACGAUGGGGAGUACAUCGAGGCUGACGAGGUGCCAUCCGAUACCACUUCCAAUUUUCAUCCUGUCGAUUUUCCAGAUUAUAGAAUUGACCAAUUUCCACCCAGUUCAGAAACUCGAAGUCCAAACGCUUCGUCACAUUACCUGGAAUCGAUAGAAAAAGGAUCAAGCUCCAUGAUGUUGGCCAGGCUACAGAAGGAGAACUCCGGAUGA